UGACAUCGAGAUUAUGGAUACAGGAGGAUUUGGGAUUAUAUAUAAAGCCACUCAUUUCAAAAAUAUUGUUGUUUUGAAGAAAUUAAAAGAAGAUGUGAAUGAGGAAGAUUUAUACAAUGAGAUAAAACUUCUUAAAAAAGUUAAUCUUCAUCCGAAUAUCAAUUCACUCUUUGGGAUUACUGAAGAUCCAAAAACUAAAAAUGCAAUAAUGGUCUUGAAUUACGCAAAUGAAGGAAAUCUACAAAGUUAUCUUAGAAAAAAUUGGGUAAAAUUGACUUGGAGAAAGAAAAUCAAAUUCGCACUUGAUAUAGCAAGCGGGAUUGAACAUCUCCAUAAGUUUAAAAUAAUACAUCGUGAUUUGCAUCCUAAAAACAUUCUCGUUGACAAUGGUGUAUUGAAGAUAGCCGAUUUAGGAUGUUCAAAGAUUUUUUGUGAAAAUUCGUUAUCCAACUCAAAUCCUUGUGGAAUAAUUGCAUUUAUUGAUCCUCAAUGCUUCAUCAGCUCGCGCAAAAAAUUCAAGAGAAAUUAUAAAUCGGAUAUCUAUGGUCUUGGCAUGAUCAUGUGGUUUAUUUCUACCGGACGCCAACCUUUCGAGGGUGUUGAUCAUUGUACCCUUAUUCAAGACAUACCAAAAGGAUUAAGAGAACAAGAUUUAUCUCAAAAAACACCUCCUGAAUACAUUGCAAUAUAUAAAAAAUCUUGGGAUUCGGAUCCAGAAAAGCGACCUCAACUGAUAGAAAUAAAGGAAGAGUUGGAAAAUCUUCAAAAACAAAUAGAACGAUGUUGUGAAUAUCCAUAUGAUUCCAUAGAACCAAAAGAAAACCUCCAAAUACUCCAAAUACCCAAAAUCACAAUAACACCUAAUCACACACAUUAUUCAUAUUCUACUGAUUCUAUCUCGAACGUUAGUUCUACUUCGAACCUCGAUUAUUCAUGUGACUCUCCAGAACCAAGAUUAAUUAUUGAGCACAAACUCACAAGCUCACGGAAAACAGAUGAUGCAUUUCAAAAGUUCUUGAAAGAUUAUGAAAGUGAAGCACCAAAAAUUUUCAAUGCGUUACAAGUGAUGCAGCACGAACAAAAGGAACUGUUUAUAGCUUUAUCAUAUUUUCACGGAUUUGGAGUAGAAAAAAAUGAUAGAAAUUAUUUGGAGAACCUCGAGAACGCAUACGCAAAAGGAGUUUUAUUUGCAAUCUCAGAAUUAGCUGCUUGUUAUUAUAAAGGUAUUGGAGUCAAAAAAAAUAUUGAAAAAGCGUUCGAGCUUUACAAAAUAUGUGUAGGGCGUGGUUCCAUGGUUGACAAAUGUUCAUUGAGUGAAUUUUAUUUUAAUGGAAUUGGUGGGGCGGAAAGAGAUCUGGAACUUGCAUUCGCCUUGUUAAAAAGCUCUGCUACAGUUAGCUACAUUCCUGCAAUGUAUUGGUUAGGACAUUGUUACCAAUGCGGAAUAGGUGUUAGACAGAAUUUAGAAAAAGCUGCCGACCUAUAUCGCGAAGUUAUUCAAAAUGGUGAUUAUAAAGAUACAAGAAAAAAACUGGAGACCUUAUCAAAUCAAGUAUGUUGA